AUGGAGCGUAUCCGGAGGUGGAUCGCUUCACCCGCUCCGGCGGCAUACGAGCCCAUCGAGGAGGACGAGGACAAUCGCAUGCCUUCGCAGCGUCGACAGCUUUCGCAGUUCUCGAGAUUUGAAUAUGCUGUCUUCUUCCUUCUUGGGAUAUCCAUGCUGUGGGCUUGGAAUAUGUUCCUCGCUGCUGCGCCGUACUUCUAUAGCCGUUUUCACUCGGACGACUGGGCUGCAACUCAUUACCAGCCCUUUAUCCUCGCCGUAUCGACGGUCACGAAUCUGGGAUCGUCGUUCAUCCUCGCAAAGCUACAGAAAGGCGCCUCCCACCCGAAACGUAUCAUAAUAUCUCUGUUGAUCAACAUUGUUGUCUUCACGUUGCUGGCCUUUUCCACCGUCCUUCUAGGAGACAUCUCCGUCAGAGCUUACUUCGCCUUUCUGAUGUUCAUGGUGUUUGGUGCUAGUCUUGCCACGGGCGUCAACCAGAUCGGCGUGUUCGCCUAUGUGUCGGGCUUCGGAAGAGAGGAAUAUACCCAGGCCAUCAUGGGGGGCCAAGGUGUGGCAGGUGUCCUGCCAUGUAUCGUUCAGAUUCUCUCUGUACUCGCCGUGCCGGGCCAGAAGGAAGCACAGGACCUGCCGCAGCAAUCGUCGAAAUCAGCAUUCAUCUAUUUCAUUACGUCGACCGGGAUGUCGUCUUUCGCGUUAAUCGCGUUUCUUUCCCUGAUGAAACGGCGUUCAAACGCGGAAUACGAGUCCCUCGUUGCGCCGGACGAUUUUUCGGCAGACCAGACCAACGAUAAGUCUGUGGGUCUUUGGACUCUUUUCACUAAGCUCCGUCUUCCUGCUAUUGCGAUCUUCCUCUGCUUCACUAUCACCAUGACCUAUCCUGUCUUCACGGCGGAGAUAGAGUCCGUCCGAGCCGACUCCGACCGCUCCCGUCUGUUCCAGCAAGCGGUGUUUGUUCCGCUCGCUUUCUUCUUCUGGAACGCGGGAGACUUGACAGGGCGGAUGCUUGUUCUAAUCCCGGAGCUCUCGUUAGCCCACCGCCCCUGGGCAUUGGUCAUACUUGCAGUUGCUCGUCUGGGCUUCAUCCCGCUCUACCUGCUCUGCAACAUCCGUGGCCGCGGUGCUGUUGUCCACAGCGACUUCUUCUAUCUUUUCAUCGUGCAACUGUUCUUUGGUAUCACCAACGGCUAUCUGGGAAGCAGCUGCAUGAUGGGUGCCGGCCACUGGGUUUCAGAAGAGGAACGAGAGCCCGCCGGUGGGUUCAUGAGCCUUAUGCUUGUCGCGGGCCUGGCUGCUGGGAGUCUCCUCAGCUUUUUCGUUGUCGGCGCUUAG